AUGGUUUUGGAGAAACUCUCAGACUUUGGUCUUCGUUGCAACAUGGAAAAAUGUUCGUUCUUCAAGGAAGAGGUAACUUAUCUUGGGUAUAUUAUCAGUUCAAAUGGUAAACAACCAGAUUCCACGCGUGUUGAAGCAAUUCAAAAGUUACCUGUACCGACAGAUGUCAAACAAGUAGAGGCUUUCAUUGGCAAAGUAAACUACUAUGGAAAGUUUAUUCCGAACUUCUCCACCCUCUGCAAUCCAUUAAAUCGGUUGAGACAAAACAAUGUGAAAUGGAAUUGGGACGCGUCAUGCCAAAAAGCUUUCGACGCGUUAAAAAAGCAACUCUCGGAAACAACAAUGUUGGUGCACUUCGACCAACAACUACCGUUGAUACUCGCAACCGACGCAUCAAGCUAUGGAAUCGGAGCAGUUUUAAUGCAUCGUUAUCCAGAUGGGACCGAAAAGCCAAUCGCACACGCAUCGAAAACGCUCAAUUCAGCAGAACGUAACUAUAGCCAGAUUGAGAAAGAAGCUCUUUCCAUCGUGUAUGGAAUAAAAAAAUUUCAUCAGUACUUGGCUGCGAAAUUCUUUGAAUUAGUUACGGACCAUAGACCUUUGCUGGCCAUUUUCAAUCCAGCAAAAGGCAUCUCGGGAACAACAGCGAAUCGGCUUCAGCGAUGGUCGUUGGCACUUAUGGGAUACAACUAUGUAAUCAAGUACAAGCCGACACUGCAGCACGGAAAUGCUGAUGGUCUAUCGCGACUCCCCGCUGGUGAGGACAAGUCGUUCGUAGACGAAGAAUCGAUUCAGGUGAAUCGUAUCCAAGCACAAAUUGUGGAAGAAGGCUUAAUCGAUUCGAACAGAAUUCAAAUGGCCAUCGACACAGAUGAUCAUCUACAAGUAAUCAAGAAAUAUAUAAUGAACAAAUGGCCUAACUCGAUGUCACAGAAAAGUGAUCCUGAUCUUUUCCCGUAUUUUAGCGUUCGGAAAGCAUUAUCAGUAGCACAUGGCUGCAUACUGAAAGAUGUACAAGUGGUCAUACCCAAGUCUUUGCGCUUUCGAGUUUUACAAAUGCUGCAUCGGGGACAUUUAGGGGUAGUGAAAAUGAAACAGCUGGCCCGUGCCCAUUGCUGGUGGCCAAAAAUGGAACUGGAUAUUGAAAACAUGACCAAGUCAUGUAAGAUAUGUGCUAUGAUAGCAGCAAAACCAAAAGAAGAUUUCAAGCCAUGGCCAGAACCUGAGCUUGUAUGGUCUCGCGUACACAUGGAUUUUCUGGGACCAUUAUGGAAUUCAAAAUGGUUAGUUAUGGUCGACGCAAAAUCCAAAUUUCCGUUCGUGGCAGACAUGGGACAUGAUACAAGCGCCAAGAAUCUAUGCAAUGUUCUCGAACAAGCCAUUGAUUGGUUGGGCCCGCCGACAACAUUGGUAUCAGACAACGGACCACCGUUUACGAGCUUCGAAAUGAAAGAAUUUUACAAGCAAUACGGCAUCGAGCACAUCACAACACCGCCAUAUCACCCACCAAGCAACGGCAUUGCCGAAAGAUUCGUUAGAUCUUUCAAGGAAGGAAUGAUCAUGCAACAAGAGUCAGGUCAAACAAAUAAGUCAGUUGCAUUGAGAAAUGUCUUGCGUAGUUAUCGCUGGACACCGCAUACUACUACUGGCACCGCUCCAGCAGAAGCACUCUUUCGAAGACCAAUUCGAACGGAACUGGCAAGAUUACAUCCAAGUUUGGCAAAACCACAAACCAGAAAAUCAAGCAAAUAUAAAAUUGGACAAGAAAUUUGGGCAAGGAAUCAUCAACGCAAUAAACGUAUCGAUUGGAUUCCUGGUGUUAUUACACAACAAGUAGGUUCAAUGAUGUAUCGGAUCGAAUUAGGAAAUGGACAAACAUGCGUACGUCACCAAAACCAACUUCGAUUCCGUCAAGAAUCGGACAUUCAAGAUGAUCUGGAAGAUCUAACAGAAAAUUUGUUGAACCGAAAUAAACCAACAGUAACACCUGUGGUACAACACACACCGCAGCAGGCACGACAGCACACACCGCAACAAUCACCUCGAUAUCCACAGCGACAACGGCGACCACCUGACCGGUAUUCACCGUAG